ACUUCCGGCCAGGCUGUUGUCUGGGUGGCGCGGUCGAGUCAUCGUUGGGCCUCGCCGCUUCCAUCUCUCUUCCCUCCACCGCUUACCCCCCCCCCCGCCCCGGCGCGGGGGGUCGACCAGCCAAGUGGGGCGGGAGGCGACUCGGACCUUCCUCUUCAUUUCGUUCUGGCCUGCUGCCCGGCUACCCGCUCUGGGUCCUUGGGACCAGCGAGGCCCGGUCUGAGGGGCCGGGGCCUACGUGGGCCCGCCGUCGGGCCCCAUGAGGCAUAGCCUGACCAAACUGCUGGCGGCCUCGGGCAGCGACUCCCCAACCCGCAGCGAGAGCCCGGCGCCGGUCGCGACCUGCUCGCUGCCCCCGGACUUGACCCGGGCGGCAGCGGAGGACGAGGGGACGGCGGCGGCCGGGUCUCCCGGCCGCAAACAGCCGCGCGGCGACGAGGGCGAGUCGGACGCCGGGAGGGGGGGCCGUGGCAUCGUGGCCGCGCGCGCGCCCUCGCCCGAGGAGAUGGAGGAGGAGGCUAUCGCCAGCGUCCCCGGGGAGGAGACGGAGGACAUGGACUUUCUGUCCGGCCUGGAACUGGCGGAUCUGCUGGACCCCCGGCAACCAGACUGGCAUCUGGAGCCCGGGCUCAACUCGCCCGGGCCUCUCUCCUCGUCCGGCGGAGGCUCGGAUAGCGGCGGCCUGUGGAGAGGGGACGACGACGACGAGGCCGCGGCUGCCGAGAUGCAGCGCUUUUCUGACCUGCUGCAGAGGCUGUUAAACGGCAUCGGAGGCUGCAGCAGCGGCAGUGACAGUGGCGGCGGCGAAAAGAGGCGGAGAAAGUCCCCGGGAGGAGGCGGCGGCAGCAGCGGCAACGACAACAACCAGGCGACGACAAAGAGUCCCCGGAAGGCGGCGGCGGCUGCUGCCCGUCUCAAUCGGCUGAAGAAGAAGGAGUACGUGAUGGGGCUGGAGAGUCGAGUACGGGGUCUGGCAGCCGAGAACCAGGAGCUGCGGGCCGAGAAUCGGGAGCUGGGAAAGCGCGUACAAGCACUGCAGGAGGAGAGUCGCUACCUACGGGCCGUCUUAGCCAACGAGACCGGACUGGCUCGCUUGCUGAGCCGGCUGAGCGGCGUGGGACUGCGGCUGACCACCUCGCUCUUCAGAGACUCGCCCGCCGGUGACCAUGACUACGCUCUGCCCGUGGGAAAGCAGCAGCAGGACCUGCUGGAAGAGGAGGACUCAGCCGGAGGAGUGUGUCUUCAUGUGGACAAGGAUAAGGUGUCGGUGGAGUUCUGCUCGGCGUGCGCCCGGAAGGCGUCGUCUUCUCUUAAAAUUUUCUUUUUUAGGUGAUUUCCUUCCUGCCAGGCUCCGUUGUAGGGGUUACAGAACAGUCGUUCCCGCCUCACAACCUGACUUGCGUGUACCUAGCUCUUCUGUCCCCAGUGUGGACAUGGCCUUGGAUGACAUCGGUUCCAACUGUACACUGAAAGCUGCUAAUAGAGAUACAGUUUGGAGAAAGUGACACAGGUGAAGUUGAAUGGAAGUUCCGAGUUGUACAAGGUGCAAAUUGGAAUUCCAAUUUUAGAGCAACUUUUCAGAGGUUGACAAUAAGUACUUGGGGCAUACACAAAUGUGAUAGUUAUUUUGUGGAGAUGACAGAAAUCUCUUAAAUAUUCAAGAAUGCCUUUUAGUUUUCAUAGAUAUAGAUAUACAAUCUAUUCAGAUUAAUAGAUUUUUAUAUCUCACCAUUAGAGAAGUUGGAAAUUAACAUGCAUAUCAGACUCCUGUGUUAGUUACUUAAAGGAAGAAUAAGAAUGGUUGAUGAAAUGUUUCUUUGAGGACCAGCACAGUGAUUUACCCUAUCACUGAGUAUGAAUAAAUUGUUGAACACCUUUAUUUUUGUUGUAUUAAAAUUUUAGGUUAAAUUUAUGUAUGAUUAGAUAUUGACGGUUAUGAAAUGUGAAUGAAAACGUGUAAAGUGAGGCUUCACAAAGAAUCUUAUUCUCCAUAUUUCAAGGGUAUUUGUCCUAUUUAAAAGUAAGUUUUAAAAUUGAGUGACUUAAUGACACGAUUGACACUUUUUCCAAAGUUGGGACAUAGUCUUCCUUUGAAGUACUCUAUUAUCUAUUGUCCAGUUGUAUAGAUUGAGUCACAGUGUCUUUCAGUGUAAGAGACAUUAAGAAAUUCUUUGUGAAACAUCACUGUUUGAUAAAGUAUAUACGUAUUUAGCAUCCUUGUUUUUCUUUGUGCUAAAGUGGAUACAGCUGUUGGGGCAGAAGAGACGGGACCAGCUGCUGGCCACAUUUCCUGCUUUAUUUUAAAAGGUAGUAUAAGAAAUGAGGAAAAAGAGGUAAUAUCAGGGCUUCUGCUUUUAUUUUAAAAUGUUCAUAAUUAAAAAGUAUUUUCCAGCAGUCCAAAGAUGUAAGUUAUCUUACAUAUAAAAUGUUUUAUUUUGUUGUUAUUUGGUUAUGAAAAUGGAAUCUUGUUCUUGCAGAACUGUAAAUGUUUUGUUGCUAGAUAAUACACUUUUGAGACCUAACUUGGUCUCUGGUUUCCAGUGCAUUACAGCAUAUUUUGUAAAAUCAUCUACUGCACUUGAGCAUGAAUGGAUAGUAGCCAAACUCACAACCUGGAGUGAUGAACCUGCUUAUACCUAAGUGCAGGAGCAAGCCCCUCACAAUGCAGCUGCAUGGAUUUUUAGUGCCUACUGAAUUAUAUAUAUAAAUAUAUAUAAAAACCAAAAGUAGUUGGAAAAGUUAUUUGAAAUGACUAAUUUGUGCUAUCUUUAUGGAAUAUGUUAAUGUAGCUUUUUGAAACAGAAGCCUUGAAUUGAAAGUUAAUUAAUACUUGAACAUUUUGUAUAUAUUUCUUUGUAUAUAAUUUUGUGCAGUACCAAUGACAAAAAUAUGGUGUCAUAAUAAAACCAGGUUUGUUGAUCUUUCAGUCAUGGGCUCAAAUAAUUUAUUCAUCUCUAACAUGACAUUAGAAAAUAACGGAUGAAAAUAGGAAAAAUGAUUGUUGUUAAUGCUGUGGGUUUUAAAAGGUUCUGGAAGCAGUAAGUGCGUUUUUCUAAAAAUUAUACCAUUCCCUUGGAAUAUUUUCUUCCUAACGUCAAUGAUUUUCCUGCAUUAUUUGAAGUUUGGGGCUGGGGAGAAACAGUAGUCAAAGCUUUCUGAAUUGGGAUGAUUUGACAUUCCAAGUAUAGAUUUUUAGAAUGUCAUUUUAUAAAUGGCAGUUUUUGGAAAUACUUGAUUAAGAACUUUUGAAAAUGGAGAUUAGUAUCGACUAUUUUAAAAGCUGCUUUGUUAGGUUGCUUCUGUUUUAACUGUCUUUUCUUAGUUUCCAUCUCAUUCUCUUUUUUUUCUAAUUUUGGUAAAUUAGUGAUUUUGUCAUUUUUUGCAUCAACGUCAUGGUCUUGUUUUUACAUGGUAUUGCAUGUAUUUAGGACCUAUCUAACAGGGGCUUUAAAUAAAUUUGGUCAUAUUUAUGUGUAAACAUAUUUUACUGUAAAUGUUUGGGUUUCUGAAUUUACAACAGAUAUGUUUAUUUCAGUAUGUAGUAAACAAUAUCUUAAAGUGUCCUAUUCACUACUUGUUAAUUAAAAAAGUUAUGAUUAAUAUGAAACUGUUGUCUUACUAUUUUUAGAAAAUUGUGUUCUGAAUGAUUAGUAGUUGGAUAAAGGAGAUUUCUGGAAUAUAAUAUGGAUUUAGAAAUUUUCAGGUUUGGCUCUGUUUACUGUAAUGGAUGAAAGCAAUUUAGUGUUUGGGGAAUCUUUUUUUUUUUAAUAUUUUUUUCCUAAUUGUGCCUCUCUGGCAAAAUGAUACAGCAAGUACUAAAGAUGUAGCUUUUAAUGUUUGUCUUCCGAUGGUGACAGGAAUUUAUACAUUAAUUGAACUAACACAUCAUAUUGACUUAAUGUUUCUGCACUUCCUUGACCAAACCUAACUAAAAAGUCCACGUUUGUUAAAAUGUAGUCACACCUCUGAUAUAAUCCGACAAAAAGUGUUCGAAAUAUUUUAAAUAUUUGUGCAUUUGAUAAUCACUAAAUUAAUCUCUCUCUCUUCUCUUUAAACAGCUUAGCAGUGUCUGCAAAAACGAAUCUUUUCCUACAACCUGUUAACUGACUGGACUGAUGGUAACAAAGUAAUUGUGGGAGCCAUGUCGGUCAAAAAUUUGGCAUCUGCUGAAAAAAAUGAAUGCCAUUUUCAAGUUCCCAAAUUACUUCUAUACUGAUUUCACUUUCCAGAAAUGGAGAUAUGAAAAGAUUCUCUGGAAUCCUUGAAAGACUUAAUAGAAAUACAUGAGACAAAGUUAAUUUUGGAACAAAAUUAUACUUAUUUUUGUCUUUCAUGGGAGUGAUACUCAGUUCUUUGCAUACCUUUUAAAAAUUGCAACCAUUGGAGAAGAGAAUGAUAGUAUUUCAUCAAGGAAUAUUAGAUUCUUUACAUAAUCAAGCGCACAUUCUGUGGAAUUAGAUUUAGUGGAGUAGAAUUACAUAAACAGGCCAUCAGUGAUCACAGGCAUAUAAUGAGUUUGUAUUUAUUUCCUGGAACAUGAGAACUAAUCUGAAGUACAGACAGACGUUGCUGAGUAGAAUAUAAAAGUUAAUGUAAAGUCUUUAAAGAGUAGUCUUUUUAAAUAGAUGCAUUGAUUUGUCUGUAUAUCUUUGAAAAAUUGAUUAUGAUUAAAUGUGUGGGUAGUUAAUUGCGAUUCAGGGUAAUGCCAAGAUGUGUGGAUUCUGAGGUUUUUGGCUUCUUGAGCUUUCUCCGAGGACUUAUUAAAAAUAUUUUGAGGUUUCUAAUGAAUGGUAUACUAGUUUCUACUGUUUUAUAUUAAAAUUUCUCUAGUAUGUAAGGGCUUUAGUAUUCUGGAUGAUGGGAGUGGCUUUUUUCAUGGAAUAUGGUUGUUUUACUUAAUUGAAACAUUUUUCCAGUUCAUUACAAGUGUGAAAAAACACUCAAAACUCUGGUUGUUUUAUUUCAUUUUUGUUGGAUUAUGUUAAUACAUUCUUUCACCUGGUC